AUGCUCCAAGUUUUCAAAGUCGUUCCUCGAUGCUGGGACGAUUAUAUAUUCCUGGCAUUGGAGGAGACUACAGGACGUCUGUUUGCGGAUUCUGCGCCUUCUUUGAAAGAGUUUGCGUUCCCGGAGGCACCAGAGCUGUACAUCUCCCUUCAAGCACCAUGGAUGAAGCAUGUGUCGACACUUGUGCUUUUUGGAGGAUUUCUUUCUUCGGAUAUGAUCGAUGCAUUGGAAGACAUGGGUGAUCAUUUGGAAUAUCUAGAAUUAAAGGAUGGAUUCAUGAAGCCUCUCGUACAACCAAGACAACGUGUAUCCCUCCCGCAUCUUCGAAGAUUGUCGGUCACCAACAGACUUCAGAUAUGUGUAUUCCUCCUUCACUACCUCAUCCCCGCGCCUGGGUGCUCUCUUUUUCUUUCGACACAUAGGAACACACAUAUAUACCGCAAUAUCUCGCCCAAGGAUAUAUCCGAUAUCAACACACAAAUUUGGCGAUACGCCGAUAACUUCUUGUCUGUGCACGAUGCGUUUGUCGAUACUCUCCGGCUUGCAUAUAACUCUAGGUCUUUCUCCUUCACAUUGAGCCACGGUCAUGCUCCCAUUGCCACCGGUUCCUUCAUAUCUCCAGGACGCCGUGAAAGCCCUGAAUUCAGUGUCAAUAUUGUUGCAGGAUUUAGGUUGCCCAAACAAACGUCGCGUAUCUUCUUAGAUGCCAUUAAGCUGUCUCCACGGACAACCAUUGUAACGUUUGAUUUUACUCCCAGCAAAGUGGACCCUAUGGACGAAGAAAAUCUACGACCCACGAUGGUAAUCCCUUAUCUUUCUUCAAUGACUACCCUUGCAACAUCCGAAUACGGGUUCGAAUUACUUCUUCUGGAAGAAAGGAAUGCAUGCCAUUUACCCUGUUUCAUAGAGGAUAUCUUCCCUUCACUGCAUACAUUCACGCUCAAAUAUAACGGUCCGCUGGAGAAUCGCCCGACUUUCGAAAUUUGCAUCCUUUCUUUUCUCAAGGCACGGAUUAUAACCGGUAGGCCUCUACCGACCCUCGAUGUAUCAGAUUUUGCAUUAGAAAAGUUGUGGAUUCGUUCUCGUGGGCGUGAAAUCAAGAAUUGGAAGUAUCUGGAGGAUAUACCCGGGCUGAAGGUAAUACUCCAUAGUAGGCGUUCCAUCUAUGGGGUUGUAGCUAACUUUAGAAAUGACGGAGAAUGGGAGGAAUUUUAUGUUUGCGGCUCAGGGGAACCGAACAGACUUGUAUCAUAG